AUGAAGGGUCUUUUGACUACGCUGCUCAGUGCAGCCCUCGCCAUUCCUUUUGUACAUGCCCUCCCAAGGGUCACCCGCACCGGUAAAUAUCUCUACGACGAGUCUGGCAAGCGCUUCUUCAUCAAGGGAAUUGCCUACCAAGAGCCAGGAGAACUGCCUACGCAGACCGCAGAGGGAGAAUUUCCAGAGCCCACGACGUUUAUCGAUCCCUUGUCCCAGCCAGACGCCUGCGACAGAGACAUCCCAUAUCUCAGGCAACUUGGUGUCAACGCUGUUCGCGUUUACUCUGUUGAUGCGGCCGCCAACCACGACCACUGCAUGUCCGUCCUUUCAAGCGCGGGCAUCUAUACACUCAUCGACCUUUCGCUUCCGGUCAACGGCUCGAUCACUCGUGAGGAUCCGACGUGGACAAGCAACUUGCUCACCCUCUAUCUCAACACUAUCGAGGCCUUCUCCAAGUAUGAUAAUGUACUAGGGUACAACAUUGGUAACGAAAUUGUAAAGGACACCGCUUCGACCAUCACUGCACCAUUUAUCAAGGCUGCUGCUCGUGAUGUCAAAGCGUACAUCAAAUCAAAGUCGUACCGCGGUCUCGUCGGCUACUCGUCGACGGAUGGUACUGGUUGGCGCGACCCGUUGGCCCACUUCCUCACCUGCGAGUCCGACGACACGUCUAUUGAUCUCUGGGGUUUGAAUGACUACCGUUGGUGUGGCACGUCCACCGUCUCUGAUUCGUGGCAGGAGGCAAUCACCGCAUUCUCCGACCUUCCCGUCCCCGCCUACUUCUCCGAAUAUGGCUGCAACCGGGACACUCGUACCUGGUCCGAGGUUCCAGCUCUCUAUGGCACCGAAAUGUCUGCAGUCUUUUCGGGAGGUGUUGCCUUUUCGUACUUCCCUACCAACGACGCCAAGAGCUACGGCAUGGUCACCGUUUCAGGCAACACUGUAACGACCUCGGAUGAGUUUACAGCCCUCGCCACCCAACUCACUGGCGUCACCACUAUCGAAACUCCUUCUCAAAGCUCAGUUACCACUCCAUCUUUGCCCGACUGCCCAAGCGUCAGCGCGGACUGGCUUGGCAGCAGCCAGCUCCCACCUACUCCAAACCAGGCCGAGUGCGACUGUAUCUGGCGUGAUUCGCCUUGCGUCUUCUCUCCUCAGACGACCAACCACGCCGCUCUCUUCGAAGAGCUCUUCCAGUCCGCAUGCACAUACCUCGGAACCAGCGGUGGUUCGUGCACUCCGAUCGGUCAAAACGGAACGACUGGUACCUAUGGACAAAUUAGUUCCUGUGAUGGAGCCACAAAGCUUACCUGGAUCUUCUCUCAGUACUACUUGGCCACGAAUAACAACGCUCAGAGCUGCAGCUUCGCUGGUAACGCCACCGUCAACUCUGCGUCUCCCACCUCUUCCUCUGAAGUCAACGCCGCCGUUUCUUCCUGCUUUGCGGCCACACCAUCUGUGUACACGCCAUUGACGCCCUCGACCACUCUUUCUCCAGUCGGUGCCAACACUGGAACCUCGCAACCAAGUGGAGGUGGUAGCACUGGCGGAGCCGUUUCCAUCUUCGCCGAUUCGCGUGCUCUCCUCGGCGUCUUCAUUGCCAUGCUUUGCAUGCUCGGAAGCGGUGCCAUGCUGCUCUAA